CGAUACACCUCCCAGUUCGAGUUUGCUUUCCAAAUAGUGAACAUCUACCGCGAACGAAAUAGAGAACAAAAUAGUAACCGCCAAAUGUGGUCCCACAGAAGAAAAUUUAAUCCCGCGAAGUGAAUUUUGGUUGAUCAACAACCCCUUCUCGAUGCUGUAGUGCUUGCGUCGUUCGAAUCAGUUCCCACACGGAAGUAACUGGAAAUCAAAGCAGAGCAGUAAUCGUGCCGGUUUCCGGAACAUGGAAAAUCUGCAACUGUGUCGAGCAAGCAGAAGUGAAAAAUUCAUGUUGUAAAAAAAACGGAGGAAAUCUCAAUCCAGAAAAGACAGCAUAACAUACAUAAGAGAGUGGGCUUCCUCAAACGGCACCGCGAGAACACUUGUUACCGUUGAAGCCCUGAUGCCAGUGCGCGGUGAAAGCUACCCGGAACCAAAGGAAGAUAGAGCAUAGAGGAGAUAUCAAAAUUAGAUUUAUGGAAUUUUAAGUGCUUUAUUGUAUAAAGAUUUGCGGCGCGAUUCUGGUUUCCGUGGGGUUUCCUUCGUCUCACUUGGUUACUCCGUGUACGGGAUUUGUAAAACGUUGCAUCCGCAUUCACAUCCGCACCGCAGUGCUGAUCUCCUGCCGGCGAAGUGUGAAAAGUGAAGAUUGUAGAUUUGGCGCAUUACCGAGUGCAAGUGUGAAAAGCUACGCGUAUCGUGGGGUAAAUACCGACACUAGAUUUUCCGGCUGACAGGCGAGUGAAGCUCGUAAAGAAGGCACGAUGCGGCGAGGAUAUAUUAGUUUAACAAAAUACGCAGUGACGAUCGUGGCGCUAUUAUUCACGACACGUGAAGCUUGUGGUUUGAGUGCGGAACAAGCAAUCAUGCUCAACUCCGACGUUCUCCAAAUGCUGAUGAACGGUGGGUUCGACGCGCGGCAGCCGGCGCGCAUUUUCCUUCCUCCCAAGUACUAUUCCUCAGUUCUCUAUGACAGGGGCCACCAGGAUCCGGAAGAAAUUUUCCACAACAAUCUUCAGCUUAUGAUGGAAGCCGUUUACGAUGACAGUCUUCUAUUCAAGCACAGCCCAUUAUCACAAGCGAAUGCAGCAUCACCGCCGGCGGGUGGCGCAACGCUCAAUCGGCCCAACUCAAUUUCGUAUUCCGAUGACGGCAGAGGAAAUCGCAAUAAAGGAAGCGAAGCAUUGAGGAAAAAUACUGUAACAAAUUUCAAAUCAUCCUUUGCACCGACUUCCUCAGCCGUUCUAGAUCAGAGCCAGAGCAGCGUGUCAGAAAUUGUUAGUGGAAGCCCUGCUGGUGGGAACGGACAGAGCUUUGGUAGUAGCAGGGACCAAAGUCGAGAGGCGGCUAUCGGCUACAAUCUGCGUUCAGCGCUUCCUGGAGAACCAGAUGUCGACUACCCAAUUCUUGGGCACAUUCCGGAAACCAGUUUCAAAUGUCACGGACGGCAGGAUGGAUAUUAUGCAGAUGUGGAAGCCCGCUGUCAGGUGUUCCGAGUAUGUGCCAAUACAGACGAUUCCGGUUCUGGAUUUGCUUUCCUUUGCCCAAAUGGAACUCUGUUCAAUCAGAAAUAUUUUGUUUGUGAUUGGUACAUGAACGUUCGCUGUGAGGAAAGCGAAAAUUACUACAACAGCAACAAGGACAUGGGGAAAACCACCACCGACUUUGGAAAAAUGAUGGGAACUGUUAUGUCGAUGGUCGGCUACCCAAUGAUUUCCUCUCUUAAGGCGGCUGCUGGUUCAACCAACAAUGUCAAGCCGAGCCCACUUAACGACGACGCUCAAUCAAACAGGAAAGGCGGCUACGGCUCUAAUACGGCCGAUUCUGUUAGCAAAAAUCAACCCCACUUUGGGCAGCAUGGCAACGAGCAUCGGAUUAUUCCGUCGGGCGUUGAUGUGAAGAGCGGCGUUUUCCAAUCAAAAUUCAAUAAGGAGAGUAGUUACCAGUCCCACAAGGGUAAGGACGUGACACAUCCUUCGAGUCAAGUGUACGUCUCCAGUUUGGGGACUCUUUCGACGGACCCGCAGUCAGGUUUCGAUCCGGUGAAAUCAACUUUCCUGGUGCCACCGAGAUUGACGGGUGGUUUGAAGCAGCAGUAUAAUGGAGAGGCUAAUCUCGCACCAUCGGUGCCCAAACCUCAAUUCGAACUACUGAUGGGCAAGCUGUUGAAAACGUGGACCGACAUGGGCUACGCCAAAGCUCCUUCGUUGAACUUCCGACCACCCGUAACUAUUUUGCCCCCGUCAGGCGUUCUUCCACCAUCAACGUUUCCAUUUGGUACGAAUCGAUUGUGGGUCGUCGCUGGCAGGCCUCAAGUCACUCAACUUCCUUCAGUACUCAGUCAUCCCAAUCCGGCCCCGGUGCAGAACGUGAUACGAGUGAACAAAGUAUUCGUUGCACCGCAAACGUAUCGCCCAUCGAGUUACGUUACUUUCCCGCAAGCACUUAUUCCGCAAUCGACCGCGCCAGGAUUCAUAGUGAGAAAUCGACCACCAGUCGUAAAUCCAUCAUUAGUUCAGCUCGCCCGGCGGAGUGACGUUGCACUUCAAAGAAUUCUGCGACCAGCGCCACCAUUAGCACCAGCGCGAAGAGGCGGCACCGGAUAUGAUGUAGAAAUUGUUCCCUCUAAUGGCUAUUAUCUGAAUAACGACCAAGAGAAAAACUCAUAUUUUGAUUUACUGAACACACACACUGGACCGGUGAGCAAUUCGAAUUACUUCGCUGGUUUAUCAUCCUACAACGUUCCAAUCAAUAGUGUGGGACCACGCUACAACAAUAGCCCUUAAGAGGAUUAAGUUUAGUCUGAGCUGUAAUCGACUAACGUUGUACUACGUUAUAGCGGCUAUUAGCUUAAGUUUUCGUAGUUGGUAUCUAACAGAUCCGAUUGUAGUUCCAUUGGUGAAUAAUUUAUUUAUAGAAAUGAUGAAAUAAACGCGGCUUUAACUCAAUAAGUUAUACCACUUCUAAAAACGUUUGAUUACGAAUGGACGGUGGCAGAUUUUUUUUUCAAUUCAAAAGUGGGCCUGGCACUUAUUUUGUAAACUAGAUUUCGAGGUAGUUUGAAAACGUUGGAAAGUUGUUUCCAAUCCAGAGCAGUUUCAAUUCGCGGUGAAUAUGUUUUAUUACAAAUAAUAUAGUAAUUAUUGUUCGAAAAUCGAUAAUAAACAAUUGUAUAGUACGAACAAAAUCGUAACAAACCAAAAAAUAUACCUACACUCAAAAUGUUUCACACAUUAAUGGUUGUUUCUCGUAUCAAAUCUUUUGAUGAUUUGUUGAUCAAUGAUUAAGCUUUGUCAAAACAAUAAUAGCAUGUAAUUUAAUGUAAGGAAUACCUCGUUAAAAUAUAUCUAUUGGGUUUGAUUCCGUUA